CACUCUCCAUCUACAAGAAAGUUAAGGACGACUCAAAAUAAUGGCUUUGUGAGAAAGCAGCUGUCAACACUUGAAAAUAAUGAGGAACCAACACUCCAGUCACGUCACUGCUUUUCAGUCUCCAGACUUUUGCAGGUCAAUACACGUUCCCAAAAUACACGGGAAUAUUGAUGGGAAGUUCAGACAUGGUGUUUCGGCAAGGGAUUGUCCCUCUCCUCCUCCUCCUCUUCAUCCUCUCUCCAUCCUUUCUCUGGGCACACUCUCUUCACAGUACCUCCCCAUCUCUGCCUCCCUUUCCCUCUCUUCCUUCUCUAUAACCCGAUUACCUUGAGAGACGACUAGAAUCUUUCUCGCAGCCUGAAAGUUGAAACGCCCAGUCUCACACUGGGGGAGUGAGAGAGCGAGAGAAACCGAGAGAGGGUGGGGGAGAGAGAAAGAGAGAGAGAGAGAGAAAGAAAUCUGGAGUGCGCGUCUGGUGCGGAGCGCAGACCUGUUCGCCACAAGUGAUAGUGGAUCCAUCCAGAUGAGAAAGUCUGAGAAAUGUCGUUUUGCCUGGACCACAGAUCCAUGAUGUGCAGGCGGGGACAGGCGAGUGUUCGCGUCUUGGACACAAUAUUCGGAUGCUGCGGAAGUCAAAGGUCUCAAAGCGCUGAACUCUGAAUGACAUUAGAACCUGGCAUUGCUGACAUCAGUGAACAUCACUGAGGACUCCACCACAGCUGUCACAUUUGCUCCUUGUCACAAGAGUUAAACUGCCUGACAAAACCCUCCCUGGCACCUCUCAAUCCUCGAGGCUAUGGAGAACCUGAGCGAGCUUCAGAACCCACUACUGGACAAAAACAGUAAGCACAUCGUCAACGGAUAUGGAGGAGACUUCCAUAAUAAACAGUGUCAGGAAAACAUUAUUAAUUAUUUUGCCGGAGGAGGAGGAGGAGGUGGCGGUGAGGUGGGAGGAGGCAAAGUGAAUAACACUAAUGUGGUGAGCAGCGGAGGCUGCAACACCAACGGUAAGGUGAAAACUCAACAACUUUUGGAUGCCACUUCGUUGCAUCUGGCAGUAGAAGCUUUCUACAGGCCUAAUUUCAUCCUUUACAAGGAGGACAGUGGCAGCAUCAAGGGCAAGGAUUACAAAAGUGAAUGCUGCGAGACCACCUUUACAGAGAAGAAGGCGAAGGAGGCUCCUAACACUGGGGGGGUGGACACACCUGGCACAGAGGACUCACAGUCGAAGCUGCUGGACGAAGGCGAACACAUCAAGAUCCAAACAGUCUCUUAUGAGGUGGAGGAAGAGGAGUACGUGGAGUAUGAGACAGACUGCUCCAGCGACAGUGAAAGUGAGGACAACUUCAUCGUGGUGCCUCCACGAGAUCACCUGGGCCUGGCCAUCUUCUCCAUGCUCUGCUGCUUCUGGCCUCUGGGCAUCGCAGCGUUUUACUUCUCACAGGGGACCACUAAGGCGGUGAACAAAGGAGACUUCCCCCUGGCGAACAUCGCCUCCCGACGAGCUUUGUUCCUCGCAGCUCUCUCCAUCACUAUAGGCACUGGCGUGUACGUGGGUGUGGUGGUAGCUCUCGUCGCCUACCUUUCGAAACCAGGACACAUAUAGUAGUCACAGCUGCCCUUCACACACACCUCCAGGGAGCCCGGGAAGACAACAACCCCCUCUGGGGAACAGCAUCACCCCUGCAGACUUCAAGGGAAGUUUUUUCGGGGAUAUACAGUUUUCUUCCUCCACCUUUCUUUUUGUCCUGUCUUUUUCCCUGCAGGCGUUCUGUCAGCCGAGAUUAGCCACAGAGACUGAAGAAUGGUCAAGAUGGAGGGUAAAAAAGGGAGGUGUUGGGUAGCUUUUUUGGGUUUUUUUUUCCUCCCUAUAGCAGAGGGUUUGAGUAAUGAAGGUAACCCACGUGGAGCCCUGUUUGCAUCCCAUUUUUUAUAACCCCUGUGGGUUUAAUCAUUCGUGGCUGCCUCACAGAAAUGUCUGAAUCAAACCAAUACAAGAACAUCUUGCACUUAUGCAGUUAUGAAGUAGUGACAGAGGAUGACUAAAAAAACUAAAAUCAUUCUCUGACACAGAAGCUGAAGUUAGGGUUGAGUCACGUGUUUGCCACACAGGAGUGAAACAUAAAUUCUAAAUAUGAGCAUUGUCUGUGAGUGAACUGCCUCAGAGGGAAACACAAAAGGACACUCAGAGUUACAGAAAAAUAUGGAAGAACUCACCACAGAUCACAUCAAGGGAAAAAAAGAGAUGGAAAAAUAUCACAAAACAAUCAGAGAGAGAACAAUAUGCACUGGCAUUAAUUACAAGAAUCUCAACUGUGUGCCAAGACAUCUCAGAAAAGCUGUCUGUGCCAGAUGUUCUGCAGUUUGCCGACAUCCAUAUAAAUGUUCUUUUCUUUCAUGUUUGUCUCUUGCGUUGCCUGUUGUCUCUGGGCGCUGUGAUUAUCCCAGUGUUAAUUGUCAUGUUGUGGUGUCUGAAGCCCUGAUGUCAGGUGGUCAGAAUCAGACUGGAAAUGAAACCCCGCACACAUAACUACGUCUCCCUGAAAACGUGUCAGCCUCUGCUAACACGUUAUGAAAUCAGGCAUUAGCCAUUCACACGGGAUACAGAAGUCAUGCUGCGAGUCAAGUCUGUGGUGUCACUUUAAUUUGGGCCUUACUCAUACUGCAGGGCUGCACAUAUGACAAAAAAAAAAUAUAUUGGGAUUCCAAAAGCUUGGAAUGCAGCUGUAAUCAGUUAUUCUUUGCAUGUCUUUAUAAUGGCAGCAGUACAAGGCUCCGCAUGACUGAGCGGAUUUAGAGCUUUUUAAUCAGAUCAUUAAAAGGCUAAUAUUAAAAUUGAUCACGCCAUGAAAACAUUCUUCUGCAAUACUUUUAACUCCUCCAUACAAAACAUAAAGCUAAAUCCUUGAAUCAAAGAAAUUCAAAUUAAUUUUCUUUGGGAAUAUUUACUCUUGCACAGUUGAGGGACCAGAAUUAUUACUUAUGCUUUAAGAUUCAGAUAUGGAUUUAUUUUAUUUAGCCCCCAGGGGCAAUAAAAUAAGAAUAAGGGCUUAUCAAAUCCUUGAUGUUUUUCUUUUUUUAUUGUCCAUUAUGAUAAUAAUGAGUCUAGAUGUGGGAUGAGUCCAGCAUCAGUCAGGCCUGACAUUAAUGGUGCACAAUAACCUUCCUGUAAUGGUUUGUUCUGAAAAGACCUAAAAGAGAUCUAAAAUAGCACAAUUACAUUUAUUUCAACUGUUAUUUUUAAUAUUAGUUAAAAAAAAUCAGUUUGUAGUUAUCACCUGGAGCCCCAUUACUGUGGUCAGUAACACUGAUUUUUGUCCUCGUUGCUGCUCCUGUCCAAUCCGUGACCCACGAACCACUGGUCUGUUUCUGCACACAUCAUUUACAUUCCUGUAACUAUGCCGAAAUGUUUGCUCUCAUUCCGGAGCGACACCUUCAUUGAAAGUAGCGAUGAACAUGCUUUGUGUUAUGUGGCGUGUCAUUAUGAUGAUGGACGAUGUGUUUCUAUCUGGUUCCCUUCGCAACCCGGUGUGGUUCAAUGUGUUUCAACAGUAUGUUGGCUUCACGGCAGUUGUUUUCUUUAAUUGUGAUGAGCUGAUGUAAACAUCCAGGCACUAAUGACAUUUGCUUAAUGCGUUCCUUGAUGUCAGAGUGAUAGUGUUUUCUUUUUCUCACGUUUUUGCCAAAAGAAGGUGACGUCAUGGAAACAAUCUGUUCUGUUCUACCUGUCGACGUGUGAAGGCAAAGUGUAAAUACUGCAAAUAAAGACAUGUUCAAAUGUAAUGACAAAUAAAUCAGAAAGGAAGGAUGGCCUUUCUUAAAAGCA